AUGGCGGGGGUGUUUGACAUUGAUUUGGACCAGCCGGAGGAAAAUGUCUCCGAUGAUGAGAUCGAAGAGUCUGAAAUCAAUGAUUUCAUGGAUCAAUGCAGUGGAUUUGAGUUUAACAUGGAGGGCUGUGAGAAGAUUGAAAUAUCUGAGGACAAUGUGAAUCAGGGGACAGAGAACAUCAGGCCUGAGUGCUUUGAGCUCCUGCGAGUUCUGGGGAAAGGGGGAUACGGAAAGGUUUUCCAAGUCCGAAAAGUUGUUGGGGCAGCAUCAGGAAAAAUAUUUGCAAUGAAGGUUUUAAAAAAGGCUAUGAUAGUCCGUAAUGCCAAGGACACGGCCCACACCAAGGCAGAGAGAAACAUCCUGGAGGAGGUAAAGCAUCCCUUUAUAGUGGACCUCAUCUAUGCUUUCCAGACCGGCGGAAAACUCUAUCUCAUACUGGAAUAUCUAAGCGGCGGAGAGCUUUUUAUGCAGCUGGAGAGGGAGGGAAUCUUUAUGGAAGACACAGCCUGUUUUUACUUAGCUGAAAUAUCCAUGGCCCUGGGACACUUGCACCAGAAGGGAAUCAUUUAUAGAGACCUAAAGCCUGAGAACAUAAUGCUCAACAACCAAGGACAUGUGAAGUUGACCGACUUUGGCCUGUGUAAGGAGUCCAUUCAUGACGGGACUGUGACGCACACGUUUUGCGGGACUAUCGAAUACAUGGCUCCGGAAAUCCUAAUGAGAAGUGGACACAACAGAGCAGUCGAUUGGUGGAGUCUUGGUGCUCUGAUGUACGACAUGCUUACAGGAGCGCCUCCUUUCACUGGUGAAAACCGAAAGAAGACGAUCGACAAGAUUUUAAAGUGCAAGCUCAACCUCCCGCCCUACCUCACACAAGAAGCUCGAGAUCUCCUGAAACGGUUGCUCAAAAGAAAUGCUUCAUCCAGGUUGGGUGCUGGGCCAGGAGAUGCCACCGAAGUGCAGGGCCAUCCUUUCUUUCGGCACCUCAACUGGGAGGAUUUGCUCGCUCGGAAAGUAGAGCCCCCUUUCAAGCCCAUCUUGCAAUCAGCAGAUGACGUGAGUCAGUUUGAUUCUAAAUUCACCAGCCAGACACCAGUGGACAGCCCUGAUGACUCCACUCUUAGUGAGAGCGCCAAUCAAGCUUUUCUGGGAUUCACUUACGUUGCACCAUCUGUGUUAGAAAACGUCAAAGAAAGGUUUUCAUUUGAACCAAAAAUCCGGUCGCCGCGUAGGAUCAUGGGCAGUCCAAGAACACCUCUCAGCCCGGUGAAGUUCUCAGGCCCAGAAUGCUGGACCCGGAGCCCCCUCCUCACAGGCGCAGGCUUCAGUGUGCCACAGCCCCCUCAGGACCAGGCUAUGGAGGUGACUUCUCCAGAGCAGAUGGACAUGAGCAGCAACUCUGAGGCGUCCGCUCCUCUGCCCAUCCGUCAACCUGCCGGACUUAACCCCGCUCAGAUGAAGCAGCAGACCUACCCAGUGGUGGCCAAAAGGCCUGAACAUCUACGUAUGAACCUAUGA